AUACGCACAUAUAUACUUCCACAUACAUAGAGGUUUAAACGAGAGUGCAGAGAUAGAUAGAUGGAGAAUCUUGAUAUGUCUUGUGCCUUUGGCAUCUGUGUUGGCGCUUUGGGUGUCAUGCUUGGCGUUCUGUUCUUUAAGCUUGUUUUGUCUUGCUGGGUAUUCCCAAUUCGAGCUCUAAGGAAGCUUCGAAAGAACGGUUUCGCCGGUCCAUCUCCGAGUUUUCCUAUGGGAAACCUCGAUGAGAUGAAGAGGUUGAAAGUGGAGAGUGCGUGUAAGACGAAAGCCACCGCCAUCACCCACGAUAUACACUCUGCGGCCCUUCCUCAUUUCGCCCGGUGGCAACAACAAUAUGGAAAAGUGUUCGUGUACUGGCUAGGGACCGAACCGUUUUUGUAUGUGGCAGAUCCCGAGUUCUUGAGUGUUAUCUCGAAAGGUGUGUUGGGAAAGAGCUGGGGAAAACCAGAUGUGUUUAAGAAAGACCGAGAACCCAUGUUUGGAACUGGCUUGGUCAUGGUCGAAGGCGAUGAUUGGACCCGACACCGCCACAUCAUCACUCCUGCUUUUUCCCCUCUUAACCUUAAGGCCAUGACAAGUAUGAUGGUAGAGUCGGCGACCAGUAUGAUGGACAGAUGGGCCGUACAGAUCAGUUCUGGCAAUCCCGAGUUCGAUAUGGAGAGCGAAAUCAUAGCAACGGCCGGAGAGAUAAUCGCCAAGACAAGCUUCGGAGUCACAGGAGAAAAAGGACGUAGGGUUCUCAAGAACCUACGAGCCAUGCAAUGCACACUCUUCAUGUCGAAUCGCUUCGUGGGUGUGCCGUUAAGCAACGUUCUCGGAUUCAAACAAACCCUAAAGGCCAAAACACUCGGUCGGGAGAUCGACGGUCUGCUUUUAUCAAUCAUAAACGAACGGAGAUCAGGAUUAGUCCAACGAGGCGAAAACGAUGUUGUCAACCACCGUGAUCUGUUGGGGUUGUUGUUGAAAGCGGACGAGGAGAAGGGAGGGAGAAAAUUGACGGCGAAAGAGCUCGUGGACGAGUGUAAGACUUUCUUUUUCGCCGGCCAUGAAACCACGGCUCUGGCGUUGACGUGGACGCUUAUGCUUCUUGCCAUUCAUCCCGAGUGGCAGGAGAAGCUCAGGGAAGAGAUCCGACAAGUGGUCGGAGAUUCCGAGAUUGAUUACAACAAACUUGGGGGCCUAAAGAAGAUGAGUUGGGUGAUGAACGAGGUUCUCCGGCUAUAUUCACCGGCACCAAACGCGCAAAGACAAGCUCGGAGAGACAUAGAAGUCGGCGAUGGUAUUAUCGUCCCGACCGGAACCAACAUAUGGAUUGAUUUGGUGGCGAUGCACCGCGAUCCCGAGCUGUGGGGAGAUGAUGUUUUCGAGUUUAAGCCCGAGAGAUUUGCCGAGGAUUUGCACGGUGGAUGUAAGCACAAGAUGGGGUUUUUGCCGUUCGGAUUCGGAGGGAGAAUGUGCAUUGGUCGGAACUUGACAGCUAUGGAGUACAAGGUUGUAUUGACUCUGGUUUUGUCCCGGUUCGAAUUAUCGGUUUCGCCCCGUUAUUGCCAUGCACCUACGUAUAUGCUCUCUCUUCGUCCCGGUUAUGGUUUGCCUCUCUUUGCACGUCCACUUUAGAUCUCUCUCUCUGUUGAGAGUAUAUUCUUUGCAUUCAUGCAGAAAGGAAUUAAUACGUAUACGUAUACGAGUAAAA